CCCAGCCCCGGCGGCAUGUGGGCGCUCCUGCUGCUAUGGCCCCUGGCGUUGGGGCUCAGCCUGGACAAUGACACCCAGACCCCCAAUAUCUACGAUGAGGGCGGGAGUGUGGGGGAAAGUGAUGGGCGGUGGGUACUCCUGGGCUCUGAGCACUUCCACCCCCUCCAUCCCCCAGAUGGCACAGUGGGGCCCUGGAUGAGGCCCCAGGCGGCGACCCCUCACCUGCCCCACCCUCGCAGCUUCCCCGGCCAGCCCUGCGCCAACGACAGCGACACUCUGGAACUCCCGGACAGCUCUCGGGCGCUGCUGCUGGGCUGGGUGCCCACACGACUGGUGCCCACACUCUACGGGCUGGCCCUGGCAGUGGGGCUGCCGGCCAACGGGCUGGCGCUGUGGGUGCUGGCCACCCGGGUGCCUCGGCUGCCCUCCACCGUGCUGCUGAUGAACCUGGCGACUGCUGACCUGCUGCUGGGACUAGUGCUGCCGCCUCGUGUCGCCUACUACCUGCGCGGCCAGCACUGGCCCUUCGGCGAGGCCGCCUGCCGCCUAGCCACGGCAGCGCUCUACGGCCACAUGUACGGCUCCGUGCUGCUGCUGGCUGCCGUCAGCCUGGAUCGCUACCUGGCCGUCGUGCACCCGCUGCGGGCCCGCGCCCUGCGAGGCCGGGGCCUGGCCACCGGGCUCUGCGCGGCAGCCUGGCUGGUGGCGGCCAGCCUGGCACUGCCCCUGGCACUGCAGCAGCAGACCUUCCGGCUGUUGCACUCGGGCCACGUGCUCUGCCACGACGCGCUGCCCGUCGGCGCCCAGGCCUCCUACUGGCGGCCCGCCUUCAUCUGCCUAGCGGUGCUCGGCUGCUUCCUGCCCCUGACGGCCAUGCUGCUGAGCUACGGGGCCACCCUGCACACGCUGGCCACCGGGGGCCGGCGCUACGGCCACGCACUGAGGCUGACCGUGCUGGUGCUGGCCUCGGCCGUGGCCUUCUUCGCGCCCAGCAACGUGCUGCUGCUGCUGCACUACUCGGACCCGGGCCCCGAGGCCUGGGGGGACCUGUAUGCCGCCUACAUGCCCAGCCUGGCUCUCAGCACCCUCAACAGCUGCGUGGACCCCUUCGUCUACUACUACGUGUCGGCAGAGUUCAGGGACAAGGUGCGGCAGGGGCUGCUCCGCCGAGCGCCAGGGCCCAUGACAGCCUCCAAGGAGAGGGGCGGCCCGGGGACGGGCACCCGGUCCUCCUCGCUCGUGUGAUGGCCCCUUAGAAGGGGGGGCAAACGGGGAGGGAAUCGUGCUGGGUUGGAUAGGGUCCCCUCCCAAUUCAUGUCCACCGGGGACCUCCGAAUGUGAGCUUGCUUGGAAAUACGGUCUUUGCAGGUACUAUUAGUUAAGACGAGGUUACACUGGAGGAGGGUGGGCCCUAAAUCCGCUAUGACUGGUGUCCUUAUAAGAAGAGGACACCGAGACACACACAUGAAGACAGAGAUCAAGUCAGAUACCACAAGCCAAGGAACCCCACAGACCGGCAACAGCCCCCAGGAGCCAGGAGCGAGGCCUGGACGGACUCCCCCUCAGGGCCUUCAGAAGGAGCCAACCCUGCCCACAACUUGAUCUGGAUUUCUGGCCUCCAGAACUGUGAGACAAUAAAUUUCUGUUGUGUUAAGCCCCUGUAUGUGGUACUUGGUUACGGCAGCCCCAGCAGACGAAGACAAGGGUUAAACAAGCAGAUUCCC